GUGCGGCUCUACGGGAACAACCCCGACGAGAGCCACCGGGGAUUUCUCGACGAGGCCCACAAGACUGGCCUCCAGGUGAUCCCCGGCAUGAGCGAUGUUCCUUACACGCAGAUGUAUCCGGGCCGGUGCAUCGACACGGACUUCGACUGUUUCAACCAGACGAUGAGCUACUACGGGGCGAACUUGCAGAACGGCUUCCUGACCGAUGCCAAGGAGUACCAUCCGGCCUUGCAGCAUUUCAUUCUGGUCAACGAGCCGGAUCUCAAGAUCCCGGCCGGGGCAACGAUUACUCCGGGCGGCCCGGAGACGAUGAUCAAGGCGCUCGUCAGUGCCCUGGACGGCGUCCUGGAAGCUGA